UUGUAUUGAUUUCAAUUCUGCAAUCACAUAGGUGGCGCUGUUACACUUUGAGGUUAUCUAUUAUCUAAAUUAUUUGUUGUUAUUCAACAAAACAAUGUGUUAAAUAACACCCAACGUUGUUAUUUUACGUUAAAAUCGAAUUUUAAUAUUUUGUGACCAUGGCCAACGAUCAUGAAAAACCUGGGGGCCCAGUUAAGAGGAGUGCUUCGAAGCCUGAAACAGGCGAGAUGGCCUCCCCCGAGCCUAAAAGAGUUAAAUUGGACCUUUCGUCAAUGAAGGACCAAAACCCGGUUUAUAUCUUAAACCAGUUAAGAAUGGGUUUGAAGUAUAAUUUUAUCGAACAGUGGGGUCCUAUGCACGCCCCCUCGUUUAAAGUCGCUGUUGAAGUUGACGGUCAGACCUACCACGGAGUUGGGGGUUCGAAAAAACUCGCCAAAUGUAAAGCGGCCGAAGAGGCUCUAAAAUCAUUCAUCCAGUUUCCUAAUAACACGAAUAUGGCUUAUGCUUCUGGUGGAAACGGCAUUAAUGUCGACUUUACGAGUGAUGCUUUCGAAGCUGAAGAAAAAGAAGUCCCAGCGAAAAAAGUUGCUAAAGGGCCGGUUAUGCUGUUGAAUGAACUUUAUUCUAAUGUGAUUUAUACUUGUGUGGAGAAUGAUGGGUGUGCUUAUGCCAGGUUUAAGAUUACAGCGACUAUUGGAGAAGAAAAAUUUAUUGGGACUGGUUCGAGUAAAAAACAAGCGAAAAAUGCAGCUGCUACAGCUGCUUUAGCGAAACUUAAUUUAAACACAAGUUUAAAUGGGAAUAAAAAAUCGAGCGUGCUUGUUGAAGAACAGGAAAAGGCCGAUUAUAUUGGAAGAUUAAUUCAAGAGAAAUUCGCAUCCCUCAUGCACAACGACCCCGUACACAUCAAACGCAAAGUUCUCUCGGGCAUAGUAAUGACCUGUUCCACAUCUCUCCGAAGAUCCGAAAUAAUUUCAGUGACCACCGGCACGAAAUGCGUUUCCGGCGAGCACAUCAGCAUGAACGGAUGUUCCCUUAAUGACAUGCAUGCGGAAAUCCUCUCGCGCCGUUGUCUCAUUACCUACUUCUACGACCAACUCGAUCUCAUCGCAAACUCCCAACCGGAAAAAUCGAUUUUCGUCCAACGGGAAGACGGCAAAGGCUACAAACUCAAAGACGGCAUUGAGUUCCACUUGUACAUUAACACCGCUCCUUGUGGGGACGCGCGCAUUUUCAGUCCCCAUGAGGAGAGCGAAGAGGUUGACAAACAUCCGAAUAGGUCCUCUCGGGGGCAACUCCGGACUAAAAUCGAGUCGGGCGAAGGGACAAUUCCGGUGAAAGCCAGUGGAAGUUUGAUACAGACUUGGGAUGGGAUUUUGCAAGGGGAGAGGUUGCUAACUAUGUCGUGUUCGGAUAAGAUUUGCCGGUGGAAUGUUGUGGGGGUGCAGGGGGCGCUUUUGUCUCAUUUCAUCGAACCGAUUUACCUGAAAUCGAUUGUCUUAGGUAGUUUGAUGCGAGAACCGCAUUUGUAUAGAGCCCUCUGUGGUAGAAUUGAGAACACGAUUCAAGGCCUACCACCCCCAUUUCGCCUAAACCGCCCCUCGAUGUUUCUACUGACGUCAAGUGAGACGCGACAGCCGAAAAAAGCGCCGAAUUUUGCAACGAUUUGGUCACAAGGUGACGCAAAACCAGAAAUUGUUAGUACGACUCUUGGUAAACCGGAAAAUGGGUUUUCGAAAUUAUGCAAAGUUGAGUUGAUGAAAAGAUUUAGCAGAUUAGUUGGGAAAAUUUCGAGUGUGACAGAGAUUGAGAAAAAUUUGCCGAGUCUAUAUUGUGACGUUAAAGACGCUGUUACUUCGUAUAAGGCCGCAAAAACGAACUUGUACGAAGCGUUCAUUAAGGCGGGGUUGGGAAAUUGGAUUUCCAAACCUAUGGAACAGGAUAUGUUUGAAUUAAGUAAAGAAAACGAGUAAUAAUAACUGAUUUUAUUUUACUUUUUACGAAUCUCUGUUAAGUUACAGAAAAAAUUAGGUUUUGUGACUUUAUAAGUCUUAUACAUUCUAUUUUAACAAUUAAAUUAACUUUCUC